CAGUAGAGGGCAGCAGUGCGCUGAACAUGUCCAGUCGGCCGACAUUCCGGAAGAAGAAGAAGAAGAAGUAAUAGCAAUGGCGGCUCCCUUGUCUGUAAACAUUUGCGUUCGGUUGACGAACGUGCUUUCAAAGUAAUAAUUUCUACGGCAGCCACGCAGAUAAUGGAUGACGAUGACUCCAUGCAUAGACUGGAGGGGACUGAUCCCAAAGUCCAAGUUGGAGGACUGAUAGUCAAGAAGAAGAGCGCUGCUGCAGAACAUCAUGUUUUUCGGGCUCCUACCCCGCGCACCUCUCUGCUGGGCUUGGAUCUGCUGGCGGCUCAGAAAAGGAAAGAGCGAGAGAGUAAAGAACAGAAUGAAGUCGGUGGCGAGGACGGAGGCCGAAAAAAAUCCAGGGUUUCCUCAUACAAGGACUGGGAGGAAAGCAAAAGUGAUUCUGGUUCUGACGAUGAAGAUGAUGAAAAGAAUGGGCAGGAUAAAAAGGAGAACCGGAAGUACCGUACGAGUGGCUCAGAGACGCCUUCCAGUCCUGGAGGGGUCAGCGAGGAGUUCCGUCGCCGACACGAGCAGAGAGAAAAGGACAGACGGGAGCAGGGCGUCUACAUCUCCUCCAAAGAUGACAGGAACAAAGACAAGGGCAGAGAUCGGCGGAGUGAAAGAGAUACCCGAGAGGGCAGCUCCAGCAGCCGCUCGGAUCGUUCGCACCGCAGCGAGAGGAGUGAGCGCUCACAGAAAGAUGGCUGGUCGGAUCGCAUCAGCCGGGGCAGCAGGCGGGAUGAACCACAAACACCACAGCAGCGCCCCAGAGAUGGUUCUACGCCUUCGCGCUCCAACUGGGAAGAAGACGACAGCGGUUAUGCUAGUACACGGCAUUCUCAGUGGGAGUCUCCCUCCCCGGCUCCUUCUGCAAGGGAAUCGGACCGCUCGGAGCGGAGUCGGCACUCGGGGCGAGAGAGCGAGAGAAGAGACAGGUCAGUGAGAGGCCGUUACGCAGAUGACACACCCCUACCCACCCCAUCCUACAAGUACAACGAGUGGGCCAAUGACAGAAAGCAUUUAGGUUCCACACCUCGUUUAUCCCAAGGAAAAGGUAAAAAAGACGGUGGGCCUGGAAUUUCAUUUGACAACGAGGACGAGAAAGAGCAGUGGGAAGAAGAUCAGAAGCAAGCCGACAGAGACUGGUACAUGAUGGACGAAGGAUAUGAUGAGUUCCACAACCCCUUCACUUCCACGUCUGAUGAAUACAUCAAGAAGAGAGAGCAGAUUCUUCAGAAGCAGACUCAGAAACGAAUAUCCGCGCAGAAACGACAAAUCAACGAGGACAAUGAGCGUUGGGAGACCAACCGUAUGUUGACCAGCGGUGUGGUGCAGAGGCUGGAGGUGGAUGAAGACUUUGAGGAGGACAAUGCUACAAAGGUUCACCUGCUGGUUCACAAUUUGGUCCCUCCCUUCCUGGAUGGAAGAAUAGUGUUUACUAAACAGCCAGAGCCCAUCAUCCCUGUGAAAGACGCAACCUCCGACAUGGCCAUCAUCUCGCGCAAGGGCAGUCAGCUUGUUCGUAAACACCGUGAGCAGAAAGAACGCAAAAAGGCACAGCACAAACAUUGGGAACUGGCAGGCACUAAGCUGGGGGACAUCAUGGGCAUCCAGAAGAAAGAAGACGAUGCUUCUGGAGGCCAAGAGGUUGGCGAGGAUGGCAAAGUAGACUACAGAGCCGAGCAGAAGUUCGCAGAUCACAUGAAAGAGAAGAGCCAGGCCAGCAGUGAGUUUGCCAAGAAGAAAACCAUUCUGGAGCAGAGACAGUACUUGCCUAUUUUUGCUGUGAGGCAGCAGCUUCUUAACAUCAUAAGGGACAACAGCAUCGUGAUUGUUGUUGGCGAAACGGGCAGUGGGAAAACCACCCAGCUGACGCAGUACCUCCACGAGGAUGGCUACACCAGCUACGGCAUGGUGGGGUGUACUCAGCCCCGCAGAGUGGCGGCCAUGAGUGUUGCCAAGAGAGUCAGUGAGGAGAUAGGCACCAACCUAGGAGAAGAGGUUGGCUACGCAAUUCGUUUUGAGGACUGCACGUGUGAGAAAACGAUGAUCAAGUACAUGACGGACGGUAUCCUGCUCAGAGAGUCCCUGAGGGAGUCUGACCUGGACCACUACAGCGCUGUCAUCAUGGACGAGGCUCACGAGCGGUCUUUGAACACCGACGUGCUGUUUGGUCUGCUCCGUGAGGUUGUAUCUCGACGCACAGACUUGAAACUCAUUGUUACUUCGGCAACAAUGGACUCUGACAAAUUUGCUGCAUUUUUCGGCAAUGUACCUAUAUUCCACAUUCCGGGAAGAACAUUUCCAGUGGACAUAUUGUUUAGCAAGACUCCUCAGGAGGACUACGUGGAGGCAGCAGUGAAACAGGCCCUGCAGAUCCACCUCAGUGGAUUGGUCGGUGACAUUCUCAUCUUCAUGCCGGGUCAGGAGGAUAUUGAGGUGACGUCAGAUCAGAUUGUGGAACGACUGGAGGAUUUGGAUAACGCUCCUGCUCUGGCUGUGCUGCCGAUUUACUCUCAGCUGCCCUCUGAUUUACAGGCCAAAAUAUUCCAGAAGGCCCCAGACGGUGUUCGGAAAUGUAUUGUUGCUACAAACAUAGCAGAGACUUCCCUCACUGUGGAUGGUAUCAUGUUUGUUGUGGAUGCUGGAUACUGCAAACUUAAGGUGUUCAAUCCUCGCAUUGGAAUGGAUGCUCUACAAGUAUAUCCCAUCAGCCAAGCCAAUGCGAACCAGCGUGCUGGACGAGCAGGUCGUACAGGACCAGGGCAGUGUUACAGGCUCUACACUCAGAGCGCCUAUAAGAAUGAGAUGCUGACUACCACCAUACCGGAAAUUCAGAGGACCAACCUUGCCAAUGUGGUCCUGCUGUUGAAGUCGCUGGGUGUUCAGGAUUUGCUCCUUUUCCACUUCAUGGACCCGCCACCCGAAGACAACAUGCUCAACUCCAUGUACCAGCUUUGGAUCCUGGGAGCUCUCGAUAACACUGGUUCCUUGACGCCGACCGGCCGCAUGAUGGUGGAGUUCCCCCUGGACCCGGCACUGUCCAAGAUGCUGAUCGUGUCCUGCGACAUGGGCUGCAGCGCCGACAUCCUCAUCAUCGUUUCUAUGUUGUCCGUACCGGCCAUCUUUUACAGACCUAAGGGCCGUGAGGAGGAAAGCGACCAGGUCAGGGAGAAGUUCUCCGUGCCAGAGAGUGACCACCUGACGUACCUCAACGUCUACACGCAGUGGAAAAACAACAAUUACUCCAGCAUCUGGUGCAACGAUCACUUCAUUCACACCAAGGCCAUGCGCAAGGUGCGUGAGGUGCGCUCCCAGUUGAAAGACAUCAUGGUGCAGCAAAGGAUGAACUUAAUAUCGUCCGGCUCAGACUGGGACAUCAUCAGGAAGUGCAUCUGUGCUGCUUACUUCCACCAGGCCGCCAAGCUCAAGGGCAUUGGCGAAUAUGUGAACGUGAGGACAGGCAUGCCGUGUCACCUUCACCCGACCAGCUCCCUGUUCGGUAUGGGCUACACUCCCGACUACAUCAUCUACCAUGAGCUUGUCAUGACUACCAAGGAGUACAUGCAGUGUGUAACUGCGGCGGAUGGCGAGUGGCUGGCAGAACUGGGGCCCAUGUUUUAUAGUAUCAAACACGCUGGGAGAAGCAGACAGGAAAACCGUCGACGGGCAAAGGAGGAAAUCAACAACAUGGAAGAGGAAAUGGCGUUGGCCGAGGAGCAGCUACGAAGCCGUCGCGAUGAGCAUGAGAGGAAGAACACUGGCAAUGUGAAGUCAUUGAGAAUCUGCACACCAGGAAGACGAGAAGAGGCCCCCAUGACACCCCGACGCACCCCUUCUCGAUUUGGACUGUAAAAUCUCCUUGGGGGAGGGGUGGGGGGGGGGGGGGGGGGUCAUCCAGACCUCCAUCACGGGAACCAGCACAAGGCAGCCAUAUGUAGACGCACCUGCAGUUCAUGUACAGGCCACUAGGGAGAGAACUUGUAUCAGACAAGGCUCAUCAAAAUGACCGCUUCCCCUCCCCCCCCCCCCCCCCCCCCCCCCCCUCUUUUAAAUGAGCUCCUUCAGUGAUGAAUCCAGGAUGGCUACAGUGUGAUGUUACUGUACAUUCACUAAAAUAAUUGACUUCAAGAAGAAAAUAUUAUGCCCUUGUGGGCAUUAGGGAGCCACAUUCAUCUAAAUGUCAGAUGAUCUGAUGUAGUUUCCAUGUAUUUGUGUCCUGUGUUGUUGUCAUAAAGAGCUCCUCCACACAUUCAAGCACUGUUCACAUUGUACUUGUGUCACAAGUGUGGUCGCACUUGUAUUGUCAUGCUACCUGCACAUAACACCUUUGCCUAGGCUCUUUUUUUUUUUUUUUUUUCCCCAAAUCUUGUUUUUUGCAACAUGAAAUAGCUCUGCAACACCUCCACAUCAGAUUAAAUGUCAACAAUGUUAUUUUCACACUCAAAAGAUUUUCCACAUCCUUCUUGGUAUGUCUUUGAAUAACGUGACGCACACAAACUCAACUUUCGGUGCGACAGAUGAACUGGUCAGGCCCAGUGAAGGUCUUUUUUAAAAGAUUUUUAAACAUAGAGAUGAACGGGCUGAGCGCUCAAUCAUUUGUGUAAAGUGAAAUAAUAAAUGUUAGCUAUUUUGUAUAUUCCAAGGUGGUUUGAGUUUGUAUCCUAUUUUAUGGGUCUGUGCCUAGCAAGCAUCUGAUGAUGUCAAAAUUAGGAAAGGGCGUAGACAAACAAUCACUCUCACAUUCGCACGUACGGACAAUUAAGCAGCAGUUGACUUUGGACAGCAAACUAGUUGAGAUUGCCUCAAAUGAAUCUGACUGAUGCAGACCAGUAGCUCACUCCACUUUGCUUCAAUUGCCACAGUACAAAAUGGACUUGAUUUUAACCUAAUUGAUUAAAAUGCCCAUCCCAAGUUUAGGUUUGCUUUUUGGCACGUUACUAUCAAUUUUAAAUAAUAGCUUGGGUUUAUAUAUAACAUAUUUGCAGAUUGGGCGGGACUGCGGACGACUGGUUAGCACAUCUGCCUCGCAGUUCUGAUGACCUGGGUUCAAAUCCCGGCCCCGCCUGUGGGGAGUUUGCAUGUUUUCUCCGGGUACUCCGGUUUCCUCCCACAUCCGCAAAAUAUGCAUGGUAGGGUAAUUGAAGACUAAAUUACCCGUAGGUGUGAAUGUGAGUGCGAAUGCUUGUUUGUUUAGGUGCCCUGCGAUUGGCUGGCGACCAGUUCAGGCCCGCCUCGCGACCCUAGUGAGGAUAAGCGAUACGGAAAAUGGAUUGUUUAAAAAUGGCUGACCACAUUUGAUCCAAGCCACUGUUCACAGCCUAAUAUGUCCUGUGUGCAAGAUGUGCGGAAUUAUGUCGCCUCAAGAUUGAACGUCUGGAUGUUUUAGACAAUGAGUGAAAAUUUGUCGGUUAUAUUUCAUCCUGGUAAAAAUAAAUCAGCCACAAAGGUAAAUGUGUGGAGGUUCUUUUCCACUUCCUGGACUACUUGGCGCUGAUGGCGGAGUGGUACACUUGCCUGACUUUGGUGUGGGCAGUGUGGGUUCAGUUCCCACUCAGUGAUGCUGUGAAUGUCACUUUCUUUUUUUAUCAUAUACGUUAAAACUGUUUGUAUGACCUCACAGUUCGAUAUUAUUAAAAUGAUCUUUAGAAAAAUGAAGUUGGUAGAAUGGAAUUGAUGAAUUAUGAAUUGAUUAAAAGUUUGAAGUUUUAUUUUCCAUGUAGUGUAUCUGCAAUGGUCACAAUAAAAUGAAAUGGUUA